CUCGUACCAGCACAGAGUAACGGCCUCCCUUCAGGAUGUGGGUCAUCACAGUCAUCUCAGCUAUCUGUCUCUUGGUCACCCCAUCCCUGGCUGGGAUAAAAGACAUAGCCUCUCAUUUCACCGACACCACUUCCAAACCAAACCUCAGAGACUUUGGCCAGGGAGGGGAACUUGAUAUGGAGGCCAUUCCUUUGGACUUCCACAAAGAGAACACUGUCACAAAUGAUCUUCCUUUCGAUGGCUUUGAGGAUGAAGACUACAUUGAUUUUGAUAAGAUCCUGGCAGAGGAUGGCGACGAUUACAGUGAAGGGGAUGAGAUUGAUGAGAUUGCCACCCCAGCCCCAGACAUCGACAUUUUUGCUGAGCCCUCUGACCCAAAGAUUCGCCGUGCCAGACUGCUUCGGCUGUUCCAUGGUCGAUCGCGGCUCCAACGGCUCAACAUCGUCAAUGCCCGCUUUGGCUUCAACCUCUACCGGAGCCUCCGCAACCAAGUCAACCAGACUGAAAACAUCCUUCUGGCGCCUGCUGGCAUCUCUAUUGCUAUGGGGAUGAUGUCACUAGGGUCAGGACCCGAAACCCACCAUCAGCUGUACAAAGCCCUGGGUUUCUACAGUUUCGUCAAUGCUAGCCAUCACUACGACAACUCCACUGUGCACAAGCUCUUCAGGAAGCUGACGCACCGGCUCUUUCGGAGGAACUUUGGCUACACGCUGCGCUCGGUAAACGACCUCUACGUGAAGAAGGAAGUCUCUGUGAAAGAUGCUUUCCGUGCAGACACAAAAGCCUACUACUUUGCAGAGCCGCAGUCAGUGGACUUCCAGGACCCUGCCUUUCUGAAGAAGGCCAACCGGCGCAUCCUAAAGCUGACAAAAGGACUGAUCAGGGAACCUCUCAAGAGUGUGGACCCCAACAUGGUACUGAUGCUGCUCAACUACCUGUACUUCAAAGGUACAUGGGAGCAAAAGUUCCCGAAAGAGAUGACUUACCACCGUAAUUUCCGUGUGAACGAGAAGACAAAUGUACGUGUGCCAAUGAUGACUAACAAGGGGAACUACCUGGCUGCUACUGACCACGAACUAGACUGUGACAUCCUACAGCUCCCAUACGCUGGGAACAUCAGCAUGCUCAUCGCCCUGCCUAGGAAGAUCUCCGGCAUGAGGAACUUGGAGCAGGAGAUCUCCCCAACUGUAGUCAACAAGUGGCUCAACAACAUGACCAACAGAACUCGUGAGGUGGUGUUUCCCAAGUUUAAACUGGAGCAGAACUAUGACCUGAUUGAGAAUCUUAGAGAGAUGGGUCUGACGGACUUGUUCCAUGAGAAUGGAGACUUCACUGGAAUGACCUCAGAAAAGAUUGCAAUUAACUGGCUGAAGCACCAGGGGACCAUCACAGUGAACGAGGAGGGGACGGAAGCAGCAGCUUUGACCCAGGUGGGCUUCAUGCCCCUUUCCUCUCAGAUUCGCUUUGUGGUGGACCACCCCUUCCUCUUCCUCAUCUACGAGCACCGCACAGACUGCUUGGUCUUCAUGGGCCGGGUUGCCAAUCCUUCACAGAACUAAACUUGACUCGUAAAUUCAGCCAACUGACCAACUUCUGAACCCAACAAAGUCCAUGUCUGUGUAGACCUCUCAGCAGGGUUUAUUAAAUGGCCUUCAUAUUAUUGCUAAUUUUGAGAAAAAAAGGCUUUCAACAAUGUUUGUUAGUACAAUAUAUAAAUGUAACUUCAACUUUUGUGCUUUUAUAUCCAGAAUCUCUUACAUUUGUUUUUCCUCAAAUUGCACAAGCCUUUGAGAGUGUCUGCUGCGAUGAGUCAAUGAAUACUUGUUAUUUGCUGUCUGUUAAUGUUUCAUCUGUUACAAUUAGGCCAGUUGAUAAGAAAUCGAAAAUACUGAUGUUUCAUAACUGUCAUAGAAUUAAUGACACACUAUAAUCAUUAAAGGAAGAUUAAGGAAAUUAAAAAAACAGAAGGAAAUGAAGGUACACUGAGAUAUGCCAUUGUUUCUUCAUACUAACGAGUAAUACAGAAAAAAAGAUUCAUGUAACUUUACUUUCAAGAUUACUUUAGAUACUUUGCUUAAAAUAGGUUCAUUUUAAAAGAUAUAUGAGUGUCUGACGCCAAUGAAAAGCAUCAAAAAUCCUCACAGUCUUUGAAAGGCAAACAAACAGUGUAGGCAUCAAAUGUGUCUAUAAAGUAUACAAAUAUGCAGGAGCAACCCAAUGACAUGGCUGUGCUGCACUGCAGCAGGUAGGGUCAAUAUUUGUCUGUGGAGUUAAAUACUAACUAACAGUGUAGAUUCACUCCUGUACAUUAUUUAAAGGGGCAGUAAACCAUCACUUUGAUUUUGGUAAAACUGCGCCCUGAUACAUUCAAAUAAAAAACGAGACCACA